UGUCAUACAAUCAAUGAGAUUACAAAAUGUUAGAUGAAAAUUUAUAAUGUUCUAUUAAUUUAAUUUUCACAAGAAAUUUAUUCGGCGCUAAAAAAAUUAUUUGUGUGUAAUAAAGGAAAUGGCAUUGGAUAAACAAAAGAUAUUAAGUGAAUUAGGAAGCGUAAUGAAUCAACUACAAAGUGCAGAUUGUGGUUGUAUGGGGAAGUUAUUCAAUAACAGGAGUUCGCAUCCAAACAUGGGUAGCCCUACACCAGGGGCCGGAGAUUAUCGACACGGCGGUUGCUGCCGCUGCCCCGGGUACAAUAGAUUCGGUUCCUGCGGGGGGGACCCUAACGCAGCCAAUGGAAUGCAGAAUAUGAACCACUGUAUGGGUCGAUGUAAUCCAGCAAAACUUUACUCAGACACUUAUCAAUAUUUAAACUCGAAUCUCAUGCAACCGGUCGUACAAGAGGUGUAUAAUGAUUUGAAAACUAUAACACCGGCUAACACUAUUAUGAAUAGUCCACCCGGAAAUGCUUUAAUGCCUGCACAAGGGCAGACUAAUAUGUAUAAUCAAGGUGGUGUUGGAGAUCAGAGCAGAGGUAUGGGAGGCCACAUGGGCGGAUUGGGAGGUGGACAUAUGACAGGCGGUGGUCAUAUGACAGGAGGUGGUCAUAUGUCGGGAGGUGGCGGACCAGCGGAUAUGGGUUCGAAUAUAGUAAGCAUGAUGAUGAGUGGACAGAAACCAAUUGUAAAUGAAACUCCGAUGGGAGGCGGCAACUCAUUAACACAACCAAUGCUUAUUGAUGCCCCUCAGUCACCACACGGAAAUGUUGGAGUUGUUCCUUUGUCCAAUCAAAUGAACGCAUACCAAGCUAAUGAUCCAAAAAUGCAUUCAAUGAAUAAUCAACAACAAUACAGUAAUCCAGGACAUUUAGUGAACCUUAUGGAAGGGGCAAGCCAGCCUACGUUAUCUCCUCCUAUGUACACCAAUCCUCAUGCGAACCAGCCCUCGGUUUCUCCCACAGCUUAUGCUAAUCCUCCAAGUCAUCCUUCGAUUCCCCCCACAUCCUACGCCAAUCCACCAGCUAGCCAUCCUUCGAUUCCUUCUUCAACUUACGCCAAUCCUCCAGCAAGCCAGCCUUCUAUUUCUCCUACGAAUUACGGCAAUCCUCUACUGGCUACGCCAAAUGUUAAUGGCCCACAGGCCCCUGGUGUAAAUAAAUUCAAUCAGAUGUUCCCUGGUGUAAUGCAGAACUUUGGUGGAGACUUAGGUUUUGAUCCUAUGGCAAUAGCCGUACAAAUGAAUCCAGCAAAUCAACAGCGGACUGCGAUAGACACUAUCCAAAAACUAAUGAGCGGUAACUCGAGAGGUAUUAGUAGAACGGCAAACAUUUUGAACCAAGGACAGCUGCAAAAUGUUGUACCCGCUGAUAUACCAGCGCAACCCGCUGCUCUCCCAAGCCCAGUCCCACAAAGUACCAUCCCUACCGAACACUUGAGUCAACCACAAUUGAGUCAACCAGUCGCACCGAGUCCGGAACAAGUGAACUAUCAAUACAGUAGUGAAGUACGCCCACAACAAGUGUAUACCACCUUAACUCAAGAUCCUAGUAAACAAAUGGUACAACAGCCACAAUACCAAGAACCAAUAUUGCCUGCCCAACCGCAAUAUAUGCCAGAGACUCCAAGCAAUGCAAUACAAAAUGUAUCAGGCAAUGAGAAUGCUUACGAGCCAUAUGUAACUACACAGGAUCCUUACGAAGGUACCGAGCUACCACCGGUUCCUUCAUCAAUGAAAAUAGAAAAAGUGCCAAUUUUCCCUGUCGAUUUAACUCAUACUAGAUCGUAUUCUCCUAUUAAGAGAACAGUCUUUUCGGAUCAUAAUCCUUUAAGUAAACCUCGGUCACAGUCUCCCGUGAAACGACUUGCCUAUUCAGAUUACAAUACGUUAGGUCAACCCAUUCUAAGGGUGUCUGCAAGUAGAUAUAUUAAAGCAGAGCCACCCCUACCUCAGACGUUAUCGCCACAAGAUUCCCCUAAACCGGCGGUAUAUAGUAAUGUUAAAGCUACCGUUAGUAAGACAUCUAUCAUCGGUAAUCGGCGAGUUGGAAGAAAUCCAAGUAAAAAUCAAUUACAACAUCUAUAUAACCAGUAUAAAGGUUCACAAUCUCUUACACAUCAAAAUCCAACGAACAAUAACGAAGUUGCUUCAUACUCGGAGGGAAAAUUAAACGUACCUCAGCAACAAGCGGUACGAGCUCAGCCGAACAAACAGGCUGUUGAAAAAGUUGCCGGGGACACAUUACAGAACACAAAUAUAGAGUCCACUAACGUCAUCGCUGGAAAACCAGAUCAAUUUGCUGGCCAGUACGGAGAUGUACUUAAUAUCAAAAGAACUACAAAUGAAGAACGCUUGCAACCAUCGCCAAGGCAACGUAAAGGUUUUAACGGCUUACAAGACCAGGUUUACACGUCGUAUCCCAAGUCUACGGCGUGGUCGUUCCACGGGAACCCUCGUUUGCCAAUGCCAAUUGGAAGUCUUGCUAGAAAAAGAUAUUAAAAAAAUUGUCCUUUGUGAUUAUUGAAAUUGCGUUCCGUUGUUAUUUAAUGUUAUUUAUACUGUUGGUUUGUAACGUGUUUGUGAAAUUAAAAAUUCGUUAAAGGUUC